AUGGAGCACAAUCAUCGCCCCCGGUCAAUGUCGAACGUGGAGAAGUAUGAUAUCAAUCGAACGAAGAUACCCACACAACAUGAAGAUGACGAGAUGUUGACACGACUAGAGACGUCUCAGUCUCAAAUUGAACCGCCGAAAUCACUCUUCCAGGAGACCAUCUUCGUCAGUGUGGUGUGUAUGGCACAGUUCAUGACUCAAGCUGGUCUCAGCAUUUCCAUCGCUCCAGUCCGUAUCAUCGGCGAUAGCUUCGGUACCAGCAAUCCUGCCAAUCUAAGCUGGUUUGCAGCCGCCUACAGCUUAACGGUUGGCACCUUUAUUCUUGUUGCUGGCCGACUAGGCGAUGUCUUUGGUCAUCGAAACAUGUUUGUGAUCGGUUUCUGUUGGUUCAGCGUCUGGUCCGUGUUGGCUGGGUUCAGUGUUUGGUCGAAUCAGAUAUUCUUCGAUUGCUGCCGUGCGCUUCAGGGGAUUGGUCCCGCUCUUUUACUCCCUAAUGCAAUUGCAAUUCUUGGAAGAACAUAUCGGCCGGGUCUACGAAAGGAAAUGAUAUUCAGUUUGUUUGGGGCUACGGCGCCUGGAGGAUUUAUUGUGGGAGGUGUUUUCUCUUCUAUCUUUGCCCAGCUUGUUUGGUGGCCAUGGGGAUACUGGGUGAUGGGGAUAACCUGUGCAAUACUGGCUUUGGUAGGAUGGCUUGUCAUCCCCUACAGCCCCCAACCCAAGUUCGACGACAAGCUUCAUCUUUGGCAGCGCCUUGAUCUAAUUGGUGCCACUGUGGGGAUUUCAGGCCUGGUACUGAUCAACUUUUCUUGGAACCAGGCCGCGCUUGUGGGCUGGAAGAACCCUUACACCUAUGUUCUUCUUAUAGUGGGUUUUCUUUGCAUCGGCGCCUUUGCAUUGACCGAAAGCAGGACGGUAUGUCCAUUACUCCCGCGGUCAGUCUUUACUGGUGAAUUGGCCUGGGUGCUUGGGUGUAUCGCAGCCGGCUGGUCGAGUUUUGGGAUUAUCAUCUACUACUUCUAUCAAUUCAUGGAAGUGAUCAAAGGUGACUCUCCAUUGUUGGCCACGGCCAAAUGGUCGGCGGCUGCUGCUUCUGGUGCCGUGGCAGCUUUAGUCACGGGAUUCCUACUUGGUCGCCUGCCACCUAGCGUUAUCAUGUUUUGUGCAAUGGUAUUUUUCACGGCUGGCCUCUCUAUCUUUGCCACUGUACCUGUCGAUCAAACAUACUGGGCACAGGCGUUUGUGGUGAGCAUAAUUACCUCCUGGGGCAUGGAUAUGUCUUUCCCAUCUGGGACCUUGAUAUUGAGCAAUUCCAUGCCUCGUCACCACCAAGGACUGGCUGCUUCUCUCGUUGCUACGACAGUGAACUAUUCUAUCUCCCUUGGCCUAGGAUUUGCGGGCACGGUGGAAACGCACGUUAACGAUGUAGGACGCAAUAUUCUACGGGGUUACCGUGGUGCGCUGCAAUUCACCUUCUGCGUGCUCUUUGAUCGAUUGAUUGAUCUUCAGUUCAGUCGAGUUGACAAGCUUGAAUUUGGAUUCCAAACCCUGAUAAUCCUCUCAUCAAUCAUGCGUCUGCAAUUUAUUUGUACGCUUUUUAUGGGAACCGUGAUUGCCAUUCCCUAUGGUCAAGAAUAUCAAAAGGAUGCACAACAGUCUACAACUUUGACCAUGCCCGCAUCUACACCAAUAAAAAGGGUGACUACAACUGCCCGUAUACCUCCAUCUCCGCCAUUAGAUGCCCAAAAGAGAAUGCUACCAUUUUGA